UUAAAGCUGAAGAUAGAUAGAACAAGACUACAGAGAGAGAACAAAUAAAAGACAGUGUUCGAUCUUCUGGUCUCAUCCACCAUUUUUAUUUUAAAAAACAUUGAAAAAUCUAUACAUUUCCUUGAGUUUGAAUCUAUCUUUCUAUCUAUCUAUCUUCCCAGACUAUAUAUAUACAUAUAGAGUCAGUCUUGUAAGUGUUCUCUUACCGUCUUGAUCUUCUUUGUGUCUCUGUAUUUGUCUUGCCUUAGAGAAUAGAAUGGUGGAUUUGGGGUUCUAGAACUUUUGAAGAAUCGAUUCCUCUGCUCUUAAUCUUUUCUUAUACUGUUUUGGAUAUUGCUUCUUUUGUAGUGGGGUGAUUGUGGUAUUGUGGUAGCCAAAGCCGCAGAUCUUGAGGUUGUAAUGGAAGAAGUGAAGGGACAAAGAGGAAAUGGAACCUCAGAUGCUGAUUUCGUGUUGCAAUGGGGGGAGAGAAAAAGAGUUAGAUGCAUGAAAGUCAAGAAAGAUCAAAGCCGCAAGUCAUCUUAUUCUUUGACUAAGCGCAAACUCAUUUCGCGAGCUGUGUCUUCUGAGAGAGGCUCUCCUUCUCGCCAUCUUAACCGUCCAAACAAGAUGGUAGAGUCUCCAGGUAAUGUGAGGAGAUCGUUUGUGGCAUCCCCUGAGAAGGAAGAUAGAUACUACACAACGAGGGGUUCUAUGGGUACAGAUGAGAGUGGGAAAAUUAUAAAGGAAGCUGUGAAGGAAACGAAGAAGCAUGUGUGGCCAAAGCUGUUUAUAAAUUUGUCAAAUAAAGAGAAGGAAGAAGAUUUCUUGGCUAUGAAAGGGUGUAAGCUUCCUCAAAGACCCAAGAAACGAGCCAAAUUGGUUCAGAAGACAUUGCUUCUGGUGAGUCCAGGUACUUGGUUAUCAGAUCUGUGCAAAGAGAGGUAUGAAGUAAGAGAGAAGAAGACUUCAAAAAAGCGGCCAAGAGGACUGAAGGCAAUGGGGAGCAUGGACAGUGAUUCAGAGUGAAGAACAAACAGUGACUUGAGAAAACAUUCCAGAUUUUGGUGAGGGCUAGAAGGGAGGAGACAACGCACAAGAAUCUGUUUUGUUUCUUUCAAACAGACAAUGAGGCACUUUGUAUUUCUGCUGAUGUUUUGCUUUUGAAGCUAAUCUAUUAGUCUUUCCUUA